AUGGCAGUUUUUGGACUUGAAGAUGCCAGGGCACCAGUGAAUGAAAUUGAACAAUUUCAAAUGGGACGGUACAUCAGUAGUAACGAAGCGGUUUGGCGAAUUCUUGGAUUCGACAUCCAUGAACGAUUUCCUGCUGUGAUGCACCUUAGCGUGCAUUUGGAAAACGGCCAAAGAGUGUAUUUUACUGAAGAGAAUGCUGUUCAGAGAGCUGCAGUUCCACCCAACACCUCUUUAACCGCUUUUUUUGAACUAUGCGCAAAUGACGAGUUCGCAAAGACUUUGUUGUAUCACGAGGUUCCGCACUACUACACUUGGGAUCCCAGGACUAAAAAGUUUUGCAAAAGAAAACGAGGUGCCCGUCAUCCAUCAGUAGAUGGCAUAUUCUCUACUGGCACACUGGGACGUGUGUACACGGUACAUCGAAGUAAUGGCGAUUGCUACUACCCGAGAAUGCUGCUCCAUGUAGUUAGAGGACCAACCUCCUUUCAAGAACUCAAAACUGUUGAAAGACAAGUCUGUCAAACAUACAUAGAAGCAUUUUCCAAACUUGGCUUGCUUGAAAAUGAUUCACACUGGGGCAACACACUGGCCGAAGCAUCUGAAACACGUCAUGCCUACCAGAUUCGUACUCUAUUUGCCAUCAUUUUAACUACUUUCGCCCCUUCAAAUCUACAAAAUCUUUGGGAAAGACACAAAGAAAGCAUGAGUGAAGACUUUCUUCUUCGAACUCGCAGAGAAAAUCCUGGCCAAGAAGUGCAAUAUACUGAAAACAUUUUCAACGAAGCACUAAUGUCGCUUGAAGACAUAUGUAUUACUAUCAAUAACAAGGUCCUCAAUGAACUUGGGUAA